AUGCGCUCAAGUAGUAUAGGUAUGAAAGAUGAGUUGCUUCUUCGACACCCUCCCUCCCUGGCACGGGUGACGGUGCAUGCGCCGGCGCCCCAACGGAAGUUUGCUUUGCUCGCGGGCUUCGUGGCUCUCCAUGGGCUUGCACUGCAAUUUUGCAUACAGACGUCCGGGCAGGCUCAUCAGGCAGCUCUUGAGCGAGUCCGCAAGCUCAACAGGGAGCAUUUCCUCAAUGGGACGAAGGAAGAGGACAAGAUUCCGCAAGAGCAGCUGCCUUCAGAGUGGGCCCCAAACCCGUGGGCGAGCGCAUCGCUCUUUGCGACGAUCUCCCUGCACGUCUUUUUCCAUCUUGUCUGCCAUUGGAAGGUCGGUUUCCGAGCCUCCAUGUUGUUCCAACCUGCUCGCAACGUGCGGGAAGGUUUCUAUGUCCAGGUCACUCCGCUGCCGCACCGUGGUCGGCCGGCUUUGGUGCCCUUGAAGUUUUGCGAGACCACCCUGCGCCUGACCUUCAUCUUCCAGCGCCAGCACUACGAGUGCCUAGAACCGGGCGAGAGCGGCACGGAUCCCGACGAGGAGGUCGGAGAGGUUCGGUUGACGCCAUGUCCGGUCUCGGAGCCACUCUCCAAGUACCUGCAGGCGACGGGCGUAGGCAAUGAUGAUGCUGAGCACCUGAAGAGUCGCUUUGGCGAUAACCUGCUGGAGGUGGAGCUCCCGAGCUUUUUCCAGUGCUACAAGGAGCAGCUUUUAUCGCCUUUAGUCAUCUUCCAGAUCUUUGUGGCCCUUAUCUGGGCAGCUGACGAUUUCUUUGGCUACACCUUGAUGCAGUUGUUGUUCAUUUUGACGAUGGAGUCCACAAGCGUUUUCCAGCGGCUGAAGACGAUGAAGAUGCUCAACAGCAUGGGCACGAAAUCCUACGGCAUCAUGGUCUUCCGAGGGGGAUCUUGGGUCGAGAAGAGCACGUCCGAUCUGGUCCCUGGUGAUCUCAUCGAGCUGGUGACGGUUGCUCGUCAAGAAGGGGCCACCGACAAGGUUGCCCCGGACAUCGUGCCUUGCGACUGUGUGCUGAUUCGGGGCGAGGCCGUUGCAAGCGAAGCCAGCCUGACUGGAGAGUCUGCGCCGCAGAUGAAGGAUGCUUUGGUUCUCGAGGACAGAAGCUUGGAUCUCCAAGGGGCAGAUCGUGUCCACUGCUUGUUCUCAGGCACCCGCAUUGUACGUGCAACCGAAGGAAGCAACAAAGAUGCGGAUUUGCAUGCAGGUGGUGCUCCUGCAGCGUCACAGGUACCAGCAACUCCAAAUGGAGGCAGCUUGGUUUUUGUGGCUCGAACAGGAUUUGCAUCCUCGCAGGGCCAGCUUUUGCAGAUGAUCGAGUUCUCACAGGACAAGGUGUCGGGAGACACCAAGGAGGUAAUCAUUGCUUUGUUGAUCCUGCUGGGCUUUGCUCUCGUUGCUGCAGGCUACGUUCUGAAAGUUGGCUUGGAGAAGGGCGACAAGACCCCGCACGAGCUGCUCAUCAAGUGUGUGCUCAUCCUUACGGCUGUGGUGCCAAAGCAGCUGCCGAUCCAGACGGCCAUGGCGGUCAAUACGGCCCUGAUGGCCCUCUCUCGGACGGGAGUCUACUGCACUGAGCCAUAUCGAGUGCCUCUUGCGGGCAAGUUGACACACUGCCUUUUCGACAAGACCGGCACUCUCACCACCGACACUUUGGUGCCUGUAGGUGUGGUAAAUGCCAGCAGCCAGCCUGAGAAGGACGGCCACCAACAUCCGCCGAAGGUGAAGGUCUCCGAUGCAGACGCGGCAGCAGCGCUUGUCCUGGCGGCUUGUCACUCCUUGGUCCACGUUGAUGGCAAGCUUUCAGGAGAUCCCAUUGAGGUCGCUGCUCUGCAGGGCGUCGGGUGGGCCUAUGAUUCACAGGAGGAAACUGCCACGCCUGCGCAGAUUCCAGAUAGCACUGAUGCCAGCGCAAGCAGUCGUGCUGGUAUCCACCGUGCGCGGAUUUUGCAGCGUUUUCAUUUCGCUUCACAGCUGCAGCGAAUGGCUGUGGUUGCAGAGGUCUCUGGUACUGAUGGUGCAGCUGUGAAUCUGAGCAUGAAAGGAGGUGGUGGCAAUUAUGUCCUCGUCAAAGGGUCGCCAGAGGCCCUGAAGCCACUCUUGGCUGCAAAUGCUGCGCCGGGGUGGUACGACAGAUCUCACCUGGACUUAGCAGAGCGUGGUCUCCGGGUCCUCGCUCUGGCAUUCAGGCAGCUGCCGGCGGGGCAGGAAAAGUUGACACGUGAGGAGGCAGAGCGGGAGCUCGAGUUUGCGGGCUUCAUCGCCUUCGAGUGCCUCGUCCGAAAGGACUCUGGGCUCGUCGUUGGAGCUCUUCAGGAGUCUGACCACAAGGUCAUUAUGGUAACUGGCGACUCGCCACUGACGGCGCUUCACAUCGCACGGACUUGCGGCAUCUCUCAUCCGCAUCUGCCUGGGCUGCUCCUGUCACUGCAGGCCGGAAGCCCAUCUCCUGCAUGGGCUGUGGCCACAGGUGAUCACUGUGGCGAUUCCAUCCCGCUCACGGUUGACGGGAUCACGAAGCUCGCAAACGAGUACGCCCUCAUGACGACAGGAUGUUUCUACAUGGAAGCGGAGCUAGCGGCCAGCGCAGAGCACCCACUUUGCGGCCCCACCUCAGCCUUUGGGUUGCGGGUUGAUGCCGGUGCUAUCCGCUAUCCUGUGCUGAGUGUGAGUUCCUUGGGCAUGCUUGUGAGGUUUUCUGCUGUGACUGUGAGCCUGGACUUCUCUUUGGACGUGCCGUCCUGGAACGGAGACCCCUCUACAUUCCUCUCUUUUGAGACUGUCUGCCGGUGGUAUGAGAAGACGCUCAAGGAAACAGAUCGGAGGGACGCUGCUGCUCCUGUUUGGAGUCGCUUGACAGGACCUGCCCGGAGCGUCGUCAAGCAUUUGAGUCCGGACGAUUUUGAUUCGAACUCUGGCUUGGAUAAGCUCUUCCAGGUUUUAAGAUCCUCUCCUUUGCAGACGCUGCCGAUUCCCGACUCCUUCUCGAAGCUGGAGCGCUGGCACUCUCUUCGGAGAAAAGAGGAGGAGUCGAUUCCGGAGCUGAUCGUUCGUGAAGACGACCUGUUCAGGGAAUUGCAGAGCAGCCUUUUGAGGUCUCGGGCUCGGAAGCCUGAGGUUCUGGAUGGACCGCCGGAGCUGGCGGCAGAGACUCCCAAGUCAGGGGCGGCGGACGCUUCCCCGAGUUCGGCAAAGGAGCCGGCUGGCGGCGAUGAUGCUGGAGAGGCGGCUGCCAAGGACGAGCUUCGGGGCUACCGCCUUUUGAAGGCGGCUGGCCUUAACAACGACCAGCAGAUGCAGAUCUUGACUUUGACCUCUAGCUCGGUUGCCUUCGAGAAGGUGCGCCAGGCUCUGCGGGCACUUUUCGGAGAUUCCGAUGACAGGCAAGUUCGCCAACCUUGUCGGCGGGGCAUUUGGCUAUUGGGGAACCUCCGAGACGGGGACACCGAGACCUUUCAGGACUUUGCGGCUCCAGACGUCGGUGCCGAGAACCCCCCGGACGAGGAGGUCGGCAAGGGGUUAUACCCGCUUGGCGGCAAGAAGGGCGGCUCUCCGAUGGCGAAGGGCGGCAAGGGCAACUUCGGUGGCAAGCAGAAGGGCAAGUUCGGGAAGCUUCCGGCCAAGGCUGCUUCCUCUUCUUCUUCCAGGGGCUCGGGUUGCUUGAUCUGUGGUUCUGGUUCCCACUUGUAUCGCGAUUGCCCUCAGCGCUUCAAGGGCGGCCCUGGAACAGCUGGCUUUAAAGGAAAGGGCCCGGGCAAGGCUUACUGGGCAGAGCCUGUCUACAGCAUCUACUUGGGUGCGGCGGGCUGUGCCGAGGACCUCUCCGACUGUUACACGAUUCAGGACGAGGUGCAGCAGGCCUUCCCGGACCCCGGCCCGAUUCUCUCGAACCUGCCGACCGCGAUUGACCUCGAGGCCGAUUACAGGAACAGCCAGCUGACCUACGGCGAGAAUGACUAUGAGACCUUGUGCUUCCAAGGCGGCUGUGACUUCCACGGCCCGUCCCGGCCUUUGAUCCGACAGCUGGUGUGCCUCAUUGUCUGGAGCAUGCUGGCAACAAUUCUUACUGUGCACGGCGCGAGUGGCUUGAGCCAGGAGCCGGCUGGGGCGGUGAUGGCUUCCACGAGCUCCCCGGGCUUCAUUUUAGAUACGGGAGCGACGGAGAAUGCUGGGGGGGUCAAGACCCUUCAGGCCGUCCUCGAGAAGACACAAGCUCGCCACUCCGUGUCCUUGUCGCACAGGCCUAUGUUCAAGUUCGGUGACGGGUUGUCGCUGAGAGCAACCUCUCGAGUCACUUUGUAUGGGACGGCUCUGGGCGAGAUUUCCUUUUAUGUGUUGGAUGGGGAUUCGCGGCCUCAGACGCAUUUGGCCGAGAACACGCCGGCCUUGAUCGGCAGCCGCUUCCUGAAAGGAGCCCGGGCCAACAUCUCAUAUGAUCACAUGUGUUUGUGGUUUCGGGAUCGCAGUGCCAGGCUUUGGGGAACAGAGUUGCUGGAGACCCAUUCCGGGCAUUUGUUGAUUCCUGUGCAGGGCCAGUUGACCGACCUUACGGGUUUGAGGAAGCGGGCCAAGGAUCGCUACAAAGUGGCUCUUCCAGCUGAUGCACCGACCUUGCUGGAUCUCCUUUCCACCCCGGGGGCGUUGGCUGAGCUGCAGAAGUCCCAGGGAAAGUUGUGGAAAAGUACACGGUUGCAUUACGAGACUCGCAUGGCAGGCCACGGCAAGGACAGGUCGGCGGGCGCCUCGGUGGACAUUGUGAGCCAGGCGAUGCUGGACCUCCACGACGAGAUGGAGGCGAGCAGUGUGACGGAGACCAUCGUGAAGGGCAAGAUCCUCGAGCUGCAGGGCAAGAGGCUCCAGACGGGCGAGAGAGUGGCGCUUCAGGCCUACAUGGAGGAGCGCGGACCAUCUUGUGGCGGGGAUCGUCAGAAGCCGAAGGCCACUGCGAAGGCGGCCGUGGCAAAUCGCGGGGCAACUCCAAAGAAGCCGCCAGUGCCAAGGACAGUGCGCGAGGAGUUGAGCGAGGGCGAGGACUGCGGCGCGGACCUUCAGGAGGCUUUGGCAGUGGUCGCCGAGCAGGAGAAGAAGAUGAAGUCGCUGAAGGCCAAGCUCAAGCGUGCGGUGGCGGCCAAGGGCAGCGGUGCACAUUCGCGGGCAAAGAGCGACCUGGACGAUGCCGGGAGCCAGGCGCCGAGCAACAUGAGCGUGGGCAGUUUCAAUCAGGCCUUCGCCAACGACUUUGGGCACAACCUCGCGAAGAAGAACGUGGCGAAGGAGGUGAUUGCUGACCUCACUGUGAAGAUGCCGGAUGUGGCCUGGGAGGCGCACGGGGCAUGCGCUCAAAUGGAUGGUGGAAGGCAUUUUGCUUGGGAAUGGCCAAGGGACCUCAAGUAUGGCCAUGAUUGUGAAGCCACGCGGCUGAUCUUUGAUCGGGGCCGCGCUCUGGGCAUCGACCUCUAUGACUUUGUGGUCCACGGCUGCGCCUACCGCAACGAUUCGGAGGACGACGGUGUCCGGGGCAUAAAGACCAUUCUGAAGUUCCUCGUGGGCGCGUCGUGCUUCAAUUGGAGGAUGUGUACCGAUGUGUUGGCAGGCGUGCUUUGGGAACUUCGAGGCCAAGGCCGAGCACUUCGUGAAGAUGUGGAGGCAUGGGCUGCCGGGGAUGAUUUCGAGGGCGAGACUGCUUAUGCAAUGGGCGGUCCGACCGCUCUCUCCACCGAGCAGCCCACCGGGAAGAGGCGUCGGCAAAUCAAGGACAUGAUGAUUCGGGUGCACAAAGCAUCGGGCCACACGUCCAUGGAGAACCUGCCCCGACUUCUUCUUCGACGGGGUGCUCCUGAAUGGGCGGUAUCGUUGGCCAGGACCUUGUCUUGUCCCGAUUGCGAUGAAGCCAAGCCACCACAUGCCAGUGUCGAGGAGCCUGCUGCGCUUUGGGAAGUGUUAGGCCUAGAUGUCUUUGAGUACGAACAUGUUGUUGACUCCCAGCCUGUGAAGUCCAAGUUUCUAGUCAUGGUGGAUUGGGGCUCGCGGUUCACUAUGGUGGCCUUCUUGAAAACAUAUCGUGCUGAUGAGAAUUGGGAGCCCCCAACCCAAGACAUCAAGAGCGCCGUGGGUGAGAGUCUGGUUGAAUGCGAAUCCUUCCCCUAA